ACGCCGCCGUGUCGCGCCCAUAUAUACGCGCGCAUCGCCUCCUCCUCUUCCCCUUGCAACCGAGGCGCUCGCGUUUCUCGCUCGCGCGCACACACGCAGCCAGGCAGCCAGCUCGAACCGGCCAGCGGCGUGUGCUCUCGAGCAUGGGGAGGUCGCCGUGCUGCGAGAAGGCGCACACCAACAAGGGGGCGUGGACCAAGGAGGAGGACCAGCGGCUGAUCGCGUACAUCAAGGCGCACGGCGAGGGGUGCUGGCGGUCGCUGCCCAAGGCGGCCGGGCUGCUCCGGUGCGGCAAGAGCUGCCGGCUCCGGUGGAUGAACUACCUCCGCCCCGACCUCAAGCGCGGCAACUUCACCGACGAGGACGACGAGCUCAUCAUCAAGCUGCAUGCCUUGCUCGGCAACAAGUGGUCGUUGAUAGCGGGGCAGCUGCCUGGCCGGACGGACAACGAGAUCAAGAACUACUGGAACACGCACAUCAAGCGCAAGCUCCUCAGCCGCGGCAUCGACCCGCAGACGCACCGACCGGUCAGCGCCGGGAGCAGCGCCGCCGAGGCGAGCGGCCUGACCACGACGGCCAGCACCGCCGGCUUCCCGUCCCUGGCGCCGGCGCCGGCGUCCAGGCUCUACAACCCGGUUCACACGGCGCCGUCGAGCAAUGUGAGCUUCGCCAGGGCCGCGACGUCCCCGCCGUCGGAGGACGGCCACAGCAGCAGCGGCGGCAGCACGGACGCGCCGCGGUGCCCCGACCUGAACAUCGACCUCGACCUCGACCUGUCCAUGGGCCUGCCGUGCUCGCCGCCCAAGACGCCGGCCGCCGCGUCGUCCACGUCCACGUCGCAUCACCACCACCAGCAGAAGCAGCCCAUCUGCCUCUGCUACCACCUCGGCGUCCGCGACGGCGAGGUCUGCAGCUGCAAGACGGCCUCGCCGGCCGGUCCACGCGCGCUCCAGUAUCUCAGGCCACUGGAGGAGGGCCAGUACAUAUAGCACAGUAGGCACUAGGCACCUAAGAGAAAAAAAAAACUGUAAAAAGCACCCAAAAAAUAGAGAUGGGCAAUAUAGUUUCUGAGUUCUAAUGGAGAUGACCGAUGUUGAUUAAA